GCCAGAGCAAUUUUCAUCAUCCAGCCUCAGUCAAUCGCCAUUUGCGAACGUUUUGCGUGAAUAACGAUAUUUAUUAUUUUUUCCAUUACGUUCAAGCUACGAUAGGUCGCUGUUGUAUAGAAAAAUAGUGUUGGUCAAUUUCGGUGAAAAAAGAAAACGAAUAGUGGUAGUUUUUUAAUAACUUUGCGACAGUCUAAAAAACAAAAACGGGAGCUUGAAUUUUUUUUCUCCAUAUUUCCAUGCUUCGUUCCACCCCGCGCGGUCUUCGUUCGCUGCGCGUUCCGGGUCGGUUGUCAAGCUGCACUGUCGAUAACAUUUCUUAUUGGGUUGCCGAGAAAGUAACAACACAGUGAAGUUAGUGAAAAAAUGUGCUUUUUGAUGAGUGGCUAAGUUUUUUCUUGUUUCACGGAAAAAUAUGAACUGUGCCAGUUACGAAAGUUUGUUUAUCAACGGUGAAAUUGCACGUAAAAUGCAAUCAGUGAAAUAAUAUUGGUGGCACAGUCGGCGAAAAAAUCGAGUGAUCCAAGUUAGCCAUCCAGUAAAGGAAGCAAAGAAAAUAAUCAUGGAUACGUCAGCAGCGAGUGGUUCGCUCAACAUCAAACAGGAACCUGAGCUGGAUGAAUUUUCCGACACGGUACCACCGCCCGUUGGAGUGGAUGGUCGGAUCAUUCGUAAAAUGACGGUUCUGGAUCCGUUGAAAUUGAAACUGCUCAAUCGACAAAGCCACAAUCGGCUGCUGUCUGGGUUGCUUACAGAAAAAGCCAAAGCGAAGCCUCCUGCUCCUACCACAGCUUCGCCGGCUCCGAAUGUGUCCAGUUCGCUUACAAUCACACCGUCUGCAACGGCGGAUAACGCCGCCGAGUCAAACCCUCCGGUUGUCACUUCGACCGCAGCCGUGACUACCGAAAUUGGGGGAGAUACUGCUGGUAAACCUAGCGUUGCGCCGACGAGUUUAUUCCGGCGGAAAAAGGUGGUCCCCGUUGCGAUAGCGAAGAAAAUUGCUCAAAAGGAAAAGAAGCGUCCCAGUGCAGUUGCAGCAGCAGCAGCACCGCCAGAAGUAGUCAGUGAGUCUGUUCCGGAAACGAAAGAAGCGGGCACAAUAGAUCCGGUUGUUACGGACCAGGAUCCCAGUGAAUCGGUAUCCGUCCCAGUUGAUCAACCGACGGUUGCCGUGAAAACGAAUUCGCGCCCGGCGGCCUUUCGCAGGAUAAAACCGAAGGUUUCGAUAAACAUCGCUCAGAGUCGGCCGAAAAAAUCUAUUCUGAAGAAAAGUAGUUCGAUGGAGAUUGCUCAGAGCGGUACAGAUCCGGACAAAUCGUUCCAGGAGCGGGUACCAGUGGUGACUAUCGUUCUGGAGGAUGGCGAUGAGGAAGAAAAUCCUAGGAUCGAAGAAGGUCGGGAUGAAAAUGAAAACGAGAAGCAAAAUAGUACAGCUCGGACAAACGAUGAAGAGCGAAUAGAGACUUUGAAAGACGUUGAAAAGGAAGAACUAGUAAGUAAUCAGGAAGAAGAUAUAGCGGCAAAAAAAUCGUGCGAAAUUCCGGAACAUAGCCCAGUGAAAAGCGAGGAAAGCACGAACAGUCGGAAAGCGGUAAAGAUUUCACCCGAAGUGUGGAAGUUACAGAUGCAACGAAUGCAGAAUAAUCCCUAUUGGAUUCAUAAUGCGUUGGCGAGAUCGCCGGAAAAGGUUAUUUCAGCACCAUCUCAGGACAAGGAAUCUGUUAUUGUUGAGAAUUCCGAGUUCAGCAAGUCAGUACCACCACCAGUCGUUGCUCAGGAAUCUGUUAAUGUUAAUGUUCCUGAAGUAAGUGGUGCGACUGAUAUUAUCGAGAGCAUAAAGCCUGCUGAGCGGGCGGCCCCGAAUACCACUAGAGAAAUCCGUCGGAUAUCCAGGCUUCCUCCCAAUUUGGCAAUGAAAUUAAUGAACUGUGUUAGUUUGACGAAACAGAAAAAACAAGACGCUACGAUAGUUGAACCGAAAGUGGAAGAGGUCGCGCCUCAACCUGUGUCGGAACCAUCUCAAGAUCAAUCUGCACCGACUAAAGUCAUCCGACGAAUAUCACAUCUUCCACCAGAUUUAGCUAAAAAGUUGGUGAGUAGUGUUAGUCUGAAACAAGACGCGAAUAAAAAAUGUGAUACGAACAAAGAAGUUGAGAAGGAAUCUCAAAACCCUGUGGCGGUGACCGAUGAGCGAACGUCGGUGGAAUUAGCGAAACCAACGCAAACGAAGGAAAUUCGUCGAAUAUCUCGGGUACCAGCAAAUGUAGCUCUAAAAUUGCUUAGCAUUGUAGCAUCAACCAAGCGAGCAGGUGCUACUUCAACGCCAUCGACACCGCCGGAAGCUGAAGAAUCGGCCACUAUGACUGAAAAAAAGGACCCAGUUGUGCAUGUUGCCGAUCAGUCACGUGAGGAAGCUAAUCGAAUACCUCCAAUAGAUGCGCAGAAAGUAGACAGUUCAAUGGUGCAGCAGGAAGAAAGUAAUCGGGAAGACGCAGGGAAGGGCGGCUUGGAAGAUAUUACUGAAAGCAAACCUGUACCAUCGCCUGCCAUUGCAACACAAUCGGAUGGCAGAGGGCAGCAGGUGGAAUCUUCGACGAAUCCAAACCGCAAAGUGCACAUACUAUCGCAAGUAAUUCUUCCGACGGCAUCCUACAACCUGGAGGAGCUGUUGGCGGGAAAAUCGACAGAAACAAUUCCGCCCGAUAAAUUGACGCUUCCCCUGCCGAGGCCAUUUCGGUCAUACGAUAAUAAACCGAUUGUGAUGCCCGCACCGUUAAUCGAAACUACGAAGAAGGAGGUGGACGUGGGUGGUGAUAUUGUUGGUGAUGAAUCAUUUGCGGAUGUUUCGGAUUCUGCGGUUGAUGUUGGUGAUGAACAGAAACCUGAUGUUCAACGAAACGAUUCUGAACAGUCGUUGCGACAGGUGCAAAAUUGUUUUAAGCCCGUCACAGUGCAGACAUCUGAAAAGAUGUCUAACUUGAAAGAUGAAUAUGACCGGAGAAAAGAAAUAAUGUCAGUCACAUUAGAUAGGAUUGCUGAUAAGAUGCCAAAACUUGAAUUAUCCAAACAGGAAACGGUGGAAAAACCGCAAGUUGUUACUAAAUAUAAUCUUAAUUCGACCAAAACUGAUACUUCUCGGUUGCAAGCAGCUCCAGUUAACGUAAAUCCUUCGGAAAUAUCACAGUUUCCACAUCAGCAACCAGUACAGCUUCCGAUUGUAUCACGCCAGCCUCAGCUACGACCAAAUAUGCAUCAACCGCAGCCACAGUUUUUACCAGUAACAUAUCAGGUUUCCGCUGCUUACUCGAAUCACCCGGUUACAGUCUAUACGCGACCGUACGUUAAUCCGCAACAAAUGGUUAUAAAUCCGGUCAAUUUUAAACAGACACUUCAACAUCAGCAACAGCAGCCUAUUCCACAUCACCGUCCGGUAUUUCCUCCUACACAGUUUGUACUGGUUCGCUCUUCAAACCCUUCCGGAAAUACAUCCUCCACGCCACAUUCAUCUCAGCAGCAUCUCUUGGUUCCGCGAACAGCUGUCUUCCAUCAGCAGCCUGCAAGUAGAAACAACCAGAUCAUCAUUCCAGCACCCCGCUUUGUGAUCUCUCCCGGUUCCAGGCAGCCCAUCCCCGAAUCUAAACAACACAGCUCCGGCUCAAGACAACAUCAGCAACAACAACCAGCACCACCACCACCUCGUCAACAACAACAACCACCUAUUCAACAACCACAACCACCUCGUCAACAACUACAACCGAACCAUCCCUCAGUACGUUACAUCGUGCCGACAAUCUCUCCUCGAGGACAUGCCUUUCAACCGGUUGUGCGAACAUCGGGUCCUAUUCAACAACAGCAACCGCCUGCACGAGUUAUUCCUAAGAUAGUUAUCGACAGCAGUUUCGUAGAAAACGAUCGUCCGAAACUAACAGGAUCAAAUUGUUCAGCGUCUACCGACACAGGACAUGAGCUCAAAAACUUCUCACCCUGCUCGCAGCUGAUUAAGAACAAACUUCGUGACAAACUGCGCGCAAAAAUACUCAAAAAAGAAAGUUCCGACGACAAGGAUCACCAAACGAUUUCAUCUUCGCCUAGUACCUCAAUGGCGCAAACAAAACCCGCUGUCCCGCGAUACGUAAUACCGGCAACAGUUCGUGUCAUGCCACAACAUAUACAUCAGCCACCGCCGCGACAACGUGUCAUCUACCACGCAGAAGAUUUCAAUCAAUGCCCGGCAAGGACACCUCGCGUUCCACCGCCACAGAAACCACCCGACCUUCCGCUCGGCUUCAAACAAUUCGUUUACGGGCAUGGCAAAAAAAUUUACCUUACCAAAAUCAGCGUUACGAAACCGGCGCAUCCAACCAACCAACCGAUACCAACAUCAACAACAUCCGUCCCCGUUCCAGCGCAGAACAACACCAAUCUUCCGCGGUAUCUGAAAAGCCCGUCGAAAACUCACCAUCUGUACGAAGACAUCUUCCACGGAUUCCCGCAGUCAACGAUCCGAAGUGAGAAACGAGAGUUUCAACGUUUCCGGGAUGCGAUGGAACAGCUGGAGCGAAACAUGAGUCCGGCCAGUGAUCCGAUGACGACAGGAACGGCGGCUACAGCUGAAUCCCAAGGAGAGACGACCUUCAUCAUUACCGAGUUUGACGAUGCUCCGGGCCCUUCGACGGUUACUCGUCAUGAAGUGAAGGAAACUUUCGUUCAGCAUGAGAGCGGGAUGCCACCGAAAAUCAGCUUCCGGCGUAAGACCUUUGUGGUGGACGAUUCCGACUGUGAAAUCCGAACGGAUCAGCUACCACGGAUUGAGGAAAGUUUGAAAGGGGUGACUAAGGGCGAGCAGGAUCAGGUUAAAGUUGAGGAUUCGCGGGAAGAGUGUGACGCUGGUGGAGCGCUGGGGGAUGUAAAGGAUGAAGAUUCUUCCAGCGGCGAGUUGGACGACAAGACGGAUGAAGAUCUGGCGCGGGAGAUUCUAGCGAUUGUGCAGAAGGAACGGGAAAUGCUGAAAAUAAUUUCGCCGAUGCAAGAGGAGAUAAAAAAGGUGAAGCGUAGAAAGAAAAAAAGGAAGCGUCGAAAGGCGAAGGAUUGCCACAAACAGUUGCUAAAUUUGCUGAUGAAACACGUGAAUCACGAAUCACUGAUUGCGGAUAUUGUGUCGGCACAGAGGAAGCAGCUGCCGUCCGUUGAAAUUCCGGAAGUUGAAGAGGAAUCAGCUGAGGAGAUUGAACGCAAUGUUGAUCAGAAGCAGGAGGAGACCGAUGAGGAGCCACCGGAGGAGAUGGAACACAUUUUUAAACAGCAGCUUGAGGAAGAGGAGCAGAAGCCGGACACGGAAAAAGUUGCUGAAAAGGAAGUUACAAGUGACUCUGUGAUAUCUGAUAUCGAGCUAGAUGAAUCUGAAACUGACAUUUUCGAGGAAAUUUUAAAACCAUUUCGUACGAAAAAUCCCACAUCUGUAGAUUCUCAUGAGAAUCAAGCACAAUUACCAGCAACUGAGCCAGAAGAUCCAAUUCAGCCAUCUGAGCAAUCUAUUGCCGAGCCGGUUAUAGAACCUCAACCGGACCUACCCGAUAUUUCGGAACCUGCUGUUGUCAGCCCUAUCCCAGUGAUGGUCCAGGACCUACCAAGGACGCCAAUCUGUGAUAUAAGUGCCUUGUCCUUAACAGAAGAAAUGCCAAAACCGGCAUCGAUUGCUCCAAGAGCACCGAAACGUAAACUUAAACCUACACUUGUUUCUCGUUCGAAAACAAAAAAGAUGGAACCAGAUGCGAUAAAGGUGGUAGAUGAAAAUCCUCUACAACCCGAACGAUCAUUUUCACCUGUUCCAGCUUGUGAAUCUAGUGAUUCAUGUUCCGAUCGAGAAGAUUCAGCUCCCGCAUACGAAACUUUUCUGGCACAGGAAAUUGUGGAGCCGCCGAAGGAAAAAGAAAUUACGAAAUCUAUUGUUGCGGAAGUCGUCGAAAAAGAAUCAGGGAAAGACAUUAGACCAUUCGUUCGAAAAAUCGUCGAUGAAUGGGAUUCCGAAGGAGGAAUGGAUGAUAGAUCUGAUCAAACACUGCAGUCUAUGACAAUCGACAUUCCGUGUCGUAUUACAAGGGAAGAUAUUCAGUUGCAGAAAUUACAUUUGACGGUUUCAGACGAGCAGAUUCGUCCUGGUUCUCCCUUAGAAAUACCAUCGGAGGCUUCAAGGACAACUAUUUCGAUGGAAGAAACAGCUGAGAGUGAGCCAGCCCAACCGGUUUCGAAUCUUGAACGGCGUGUUUCGGUGUGGGAAACAGAGUUGCAUAGGAUACCUGAGCAAUGCAUCAUUCAACCUCAGGACGAUUGUUUUACACCAUUGCAAAUGCUUGAUGGAUCUGUUCCGAUAUCAAAGACGCCUCCUCGAACGGUGACAAAUGCCAAAACCUCGGAUGACGUUGUUACAGAUAUUCUAAGAGACUGGGAUUCACCUGUGAAGAAACAAGAAACCCCACAGCUCAUAGCUCGAGUGCUGCUGGACAGAAUCGAUACCACAAAGUUCGAGAAUCGCGAGAGUAACGAAGCAACGUCGGAAGCGCCGGAUUCUGCUUCCAUCAACUCCGCGGUAAUCUCGCAAUCGGAUCCAGUUCCUGUGCAUGGAAUUCAAGAACUGGCUAAUAAACAACCAAAAGAAUCUUUACAUGACAAAAUUUCACAGACGGUUGAAGUACAGAAUCAACCAUCCAGUCGAACCCGUAGUCGUCGAUCGGAUGUAACUGACAAACCUAUCGCUGAAGUGAUUGAAAAUGUGCCCAAAAAGACAAAGAAUUGCAUGCCAUCCUCAAUGAAGAAUUGUCUUAAAAACACUAUUAAUGAUCCACCAGCUCAGACACCUGUUGAACCGCAGGGAUCAAAGCGAAGCCGUCAAAAAAAGUCAGUGGUCUUCGACCAGUCGGUGGAAAAUAAGCCCGAACAACAAGAGAAACCUGCUGGCAGGGUUCUACGCAGCCGUUCAAAAUCUAUUUUCUCGGAAUCGAAAGUUUCUACAGUCGAAGAGUCACCUCAAAAACAAACGAUAGAACCCCAAUCAGUUGAAAACGUAAAGCGAACACCUAAACAGCAAAUACCGCCGCAAAAAAUUCAACGCGUCGCAACGGAGCCCGGAAGUAACGAAAAGUUGGUGGUGGAAGCAGGGGGAGAAGCAGGCGCCAAAAAACGAGAACAACCAGAAAAGCAAUCAACCAAACCUACCCCGUUCAUUUCCAAUCGCAUUCCAAUUCCGAUCUCCUCGGAAGACGAAGACGAUGCCCCGUUAACCCAACGCCGGAAAGUGCUUCGCAAGAAGCGAUCCAGCACACGCAGGAGAACCAUUCAAGAUCUCAAUGCCAACCGACGUCUGUUUCAAAGUGCUCAUAAGUCUUCCUCAACUGCAGAUGACCCGACCGAAGCGUCCCAAACGGACUUUAUCAUCAAAACCGAACCCGAGGAAAUUCAGGAAUACCCGGAACAAUCCAUGCUGUACAAUUCAUUUGGUCCUCCAUCCAAUCUCCAAGAGCAACCACCAUCGGGACGGAUACUUUCAAUCGUUACCGUCCAGAACAACCAGGUGGUCCACACUGAAGAUUUCAACACAUCGACGACCACCCCAGACACCGUCCAUUUUCAACGACCUCCGUUUGAAACCACGGAUCAUCAAGCUGCUACAUUACCCGCCUCGUCACCACAAGAUCACGUUUUCGCCACUCCGGAACCGAUCAAAAAACGCAAACGACGCUCCAAACAAGAGAUGGAAGCAGACCGCCUCGCAAACCUUCAAAUAAAGAAUAAAAAAUCACGCCCAGUCCCAACAGCGAAUAUUUCCUCAAAGGAGGUCAAGUGCGCCAGCUGCUACCUGGAGAUCCCGACCGUCGAGUGGGACGCCCACUAUGCUUACCACAAUGGUCUAACCUACCGGGUCGAUAUCGAUCCGGAGCUGGAUUUGCUAGACGAGACCACCGCUGCACAGAUCGUUACCCGCUUCAAGAAGAGCAACCGGCUGUCGACGCUCAAGUGCGACAAGUGUGGCGUGUUGAAGAAAUCGGCCGUCGGUUUGGUCUCUCAUCGUAUAAUCUGUGGCCUUACUGCAGAGGAGAUCCAGGCAAGCAAGGUGACGUGUGAGCACUGUAAGCGAAAAAUGCUUGCCGUCAGUCUUUCGACCCAUUUGGUGGGUCACUGUCCGGUGCUGAAGCGGAUGAAACGAGAGCAGACACCGACGGAGGCGAUACAGAGCGCAGAUGAGGAACCGGCCGUUGAAACAGCUGCUGUGGUGAAUCAACGGGGGCGGACUAAGCGAAAAGCUACGACUACAGCCGAAAAGAAGAUUCGAUACCUCAGUUGCGGUAAUCAAAUUGUAUCGGUCACCAAAGCCACCGUUACCGAGGGUUGCGUCGCAGUCUGGGACGGUGAGUUUCGGAAAUUCAAAAAGGCUUCGUGCGUUUUCAAGGAUUGCGAUUUCGCCGGGUACGAAGAAGCGGAGAUGCGCGAGCAUCAUCUUCGGUGUACAUCGACCUGUGAACGGUUCGAGUGCAAGAACUGCCGGUAUCAGGCGAACAAUGUUCAACAAUUGAUGAAGCACAUCAAAGUGAGACACGGGAAUGAUCUGGUGAAUCCACUGGAUAGUAGCGGAACGGAAGCAAAAAUUAGUUCUGAAUCUUCGGAAGAUGACGGAACUUCGGGGGUUGACGAAAAUGAAAUCCCGGACAUUGGAGGAAGGAUGUCAGACGAUGAGAGUGGAAGCGAAAAAGUGAAAAAGAAACCUAAGAAACGGACGUCCAAAGGAACCCCUAACUCGAAAACUGUAGGGCUGCCUGGGAGAGAUUUGUUCAACGAUGAAAGUGAUGUUUACAGAGAAAUGGUCUUGGACGAAGUGAUUGAGCUACGUUCAUCGAAGAAAGAGUUCCAUGUGACGUCACGCGAAUGGACAAUUGCAUUCCGUCGGCAGAACUACUCCUGCCGGAUGCUAUUUGCCGAGUUGCGACCUGACUUGGAUGUUCGGUUGUUUUCUUCGGACUUGAUUCACAAAUACAUUCCAAAAUGUGCCAAAUCUGUACGGUUCACCAUGCGUAACACAAACUUGUACAACGCUCCUAUUCAAGUCAAUGAUUACACGGACAAGUGGCAGCGGUUGGAUACGUUCAGCGGACAGGUCCGUGGGACAGAUUCGAUGUUUUAUUGUGGAGGACCGGUGAUAGCGUUGGAUUGGUUACCCAUUAAUGGACGAGAACGCAACGAACACCAAUUUCUGGCAGUGGCUUGUAAGACUGAAUUCGACGAAUUCCACUUGGCCAAUCGUAGCACACCGAGUAAAUGCCUGAUACAAAUCUGGGAUGUUGGGUAUUUACAUAAUAAAAGUUUGUCAUAUAAAGCGGAGCAUUCCAUUCCAGAGCUGCUGUACUCGAUAGCGUGCGAUUUUGGUCCAAUUUGGUCCCUAAAAUUUUGCCCCAGUGGUUGUUACAACACAACAGACGCGGACGGUGAUCCGUACGAUCGACUUGGACUCCUCGCAGCCACUGGUUCCGACGGUGACGUGUACAUUUUUUCAUUGAGCAAAAAUUACGCGCAUCUAAUUUCGAACAACUAUCGAAUACUUCGCAUAAAUCCAGUUCACCGUUUAACUCUCUCGACUAUGGAUACUUCCGAUUCCCAGUAUGAAGGUCACACUGCAGUGAAAGUAGCGUGGACCAAAGCUAAAAACCAUGCGAUAAUUGCUGCCGGAUACUCCAACGGAACCGUGGCGGUGUGGAAUCUGAAUUCAAAAACACCCCUACUUAAGGGUGUAAAGGAAGGAUGUCCCGUAUUGUUCCCUGUUCACCGAAUAUUCAUUCCGGACUCCUGUAUCACUGCUCUGGAUAUUCACUACACAGAAGACAGUCGAUACCUGUUGGUGUGCAAUGCGGAUCGGAAAAUACAAGUGUACGAUCUUAAAACCGGUUACCUUCCGGUGGAGGUUUGCAGUAUGAACGCCCGUAGUAAGGUUACGGCGGCCUGCUGGAAUAUCCACUUUCCAGUCAUUGCACUCACAUUCGAUGAUGUCUAUGCGAUCGACCGGUGUGCGCUGACGUUGCAUCAGAUGCGUGAAAUAGGCGUCCGAUUGUGUCCGCUGUACACUAUCGCGGCCGAAGCUACCGACAUGAGUGGUAACGAUUGGCUCUCGAAUCAUGUGAUCGGAACGGACGGGGGUGAUGUAUUGUGUCAUCAACCGAUUGCCUUUGUGCACCAUAUGGCACAGAAGAAUACUCAGCAGAGUAAAUAUAUCCUCACCUCUACGAUGUCCAUUCAGAUUACCGAUGAGAUGACGGACACUUCGUAUGCGAUGUUUGAAAACAACUUCGGGCUGCUUUUCUCCGAUAAUGACAAGAACCCUGCAAAAAUGGAUCUCAAAUCACUACAGGUAAAAUCGUACCGCCGUGCGUUGCUCCACGAGUAUCCGGGCAUCCGGGUGAACCAGGUUCGGUGGAAUCCUAACGAGAAAUCCCAUCAGUACUACGCGGUUGGUUAUCAGGCGGGCUUUGUACGAGUUCGAGGCUUUCGACUAAAAUGAGAUAUUUGGUUUGCGACGACUGAUUUGAUUAGAUUGGUUUUAUUGUGCUGAUAGGUCAGGAACCUCUACUGUAGAAUGAAUGAAAGAAUUGUGUGUUCUUUGCUAUACCUAGAUUUUAGCAUUGUUUCCCAUAAUAAGUAUGUGAUCGCACGAUUUUGUUAGAGCGUAGUAAAAAGUAGCAAAAUAAUCAGAAAGAAAACACUGAAAGCAUACACACAUGAUCUUAGUAUAUUAUAUAUUAGGCACACACACACAAUCAUCCGUAUUUGGAUCAUUUUAAUUUAUUAUACCGUUAAAGAAAUGCUUCAAA